AACCAUAUAUGGAUUCACACGUUCCUUCCAAUCCUGCAACGCUUCUAUCUCUCACAAAUUAUCAAGGGUUUGAUGACCUUCCACUUUAUGAGAGUAAAAACCUUAGCUUUUCAACGUUUUUACACUUCCAUCAGUUUGAAGAUUCAGGGUAGAAUUUUGGGUUUAACAGUGAUUCAAACCAUACUGUGAAAAACCCAUGUUUUUUUUUUUUUUUGUCCGUUGUGGAAAAGUCUCCAACUUGCUUCUUUGUUUUCACCGUUUUUGGUGGGUGGUGUGUGUGGUGAAUUUGAGGAACAGAUGCGGUUAGAAGGUUUAAUGGUAGCAUAGGAGAUUGGCAGCUGAAGCCAUAGCCAUGAUAUGCAAUUGCUUUGGUGCCUUGAAUUGUUGUAAAGGGAAGGGUGAGCCUGCUGGGCAGCCACAUGAACAAGUGAUUGCAACUACAAGGUUUAGCUAUAACUCGUUGAGAUCAGCAACGGGAGAUUUUCAUCCUUCAAGCAAAAUUGGUGGAGGAGGUUAUGGAGUUGUCUACAGGGGAGUUUUAAGGAAUGGAACUCAAGUUGCUAUCAAGUCUCUUUCUGUACAGUCUAAACAAGGAACCCGUGAAUUUAUGACGGAAAUAGACAUGAUAUCAAAUAUACGACAUCCAAAUCUUGUGGAACUAAUUGGCUGCUGUGUUGAGGAUAGUCAUCGAAUAUUGGUUUAUGAAUUUCUGGAGAACAAUAGCCUUGCGAGUACUUUGCUUGGUUCCAAAAGGAAAUAUGUUGCUCUGGAUUGGCCAAAGAGGGCUGCUAUUUGCCUUGGUACAGCUUCCGGUCUUGGAUUUCUUCAUGAAGAGGCUAAACCAAACAUUGUUCACAGAGAUAUCAAGGCCAGCAACAUAUUGCUGGAUGAGAACUUUAGUCCAAAAAUUGGGGAUUUUGGUCUUGCAAAACUUUUUCCUGACAAUGUCACCCAUGUUAGUACUCGAGUUGCCGGAACUGUGGGAUAUCUUGCUCCAGAAUAUGCACUUCUAGGACAGCUUACGAAGAAGGCAGAUGUAUACAGUUUUGGGAUAGUCAUGCUUGAAAUAAUCAGUGGUACAAGUAGUAGCAAAGCUGCAUUUGAAGAGAAUCUUUUGGUUCUUGUGGAAUGGGCUUGGAAGCUGAAAGCAGAAAAUAGGCUUCUGGAAAUUGUUGAUCCAGAACUAACUGAAUAUGACGAGAACGAGGUGUAUCGGUUCCUUGUAGUUGCUUUAUUUUGCACCCAAGCAGCUGCUCAGCAUAGACCAACCAUGAAGCAAGUAUUGGAAAUGCUUUCAAAGGAAGUUCAUCUGAAUGAGAAAGCAUUGACUGAGCCUGGAAUAUACAGAUGGCAUAGCUCUGGAAAGCGAGGUUCUUUGGAUGAGACAUCAUCUUCUCAGGUAAACAAGUACAACAAAUCUGAAAAUCCACAAGUAACCUCAACCCACUAUAGUGGUACAGAUAUUGUGACAGAGAUGAUUCCCCGAUGAUUGUUAUGUAUGCACAUGAUGUUAGGGACAUAUUUCUGGGAUGUGAUCAUAGUUAUCAUUUGUUUAAGUUGUUAGGAUCAAUGCUUUUCCAAAGGGGAAAAUGAGAGCAUGGGAAGAAAGGCUAUAUUUCAUGAGGAUGUAUAGAUAUAUUUGCACUUUGCUAAUUAUUUAUUUCUGCUAUUAAAGGUAUGAGUAUGAUGAUAAAUGCUGUUUCUUAUAUUUUUGGAUAAAACAAACAACCACCUGUCAAACCCCCACUUGUGAGAGUAGGACUUAUAUAUUAUUGGAUACAACAUUCAAAAUAAUUUAUAUCAUUUAUUUUUUUAUUUAUUUUUUACUUUUUGCGUUGCUUAUUGGUUGUUCUUUUGCGCUACUCUCUAUUUUCUUUUCACUUGUCCUUCUAUGGCAUUUCCUGAACCCUGUUCCACAUUGAUAUACAUUU